AUGUCAGGAAGGGGAAAAGGAGGCAAAGGAUUGGGAAAGGGCGGCGCCAAGCGUCAUCGGAAAGUCCUGAGGGAUAACAUUCAGGGCAUCACUAAGCCGGCGAUCCGGCGGCUGGCUCGUCGUGGCGGUGUUAAGCGUAUAAGUGGACUCAUCUACGAGGAGACACGCGGUGUGCUCAAGAUCUUCCUGGAGAAUGUCAUCCGUGAUGCUGUUACCUACACUGAGCACGCUCGCCGUAAGACAGUGACGGCCAUGGACGUUGUUUACGCUCUCAAGAGGCAAGGCCGUACUCUAUAUGGGUUCGGUGGCUAA